GAGUGGGCAAAAUUAUUUUCGUGCAAGGGGAGGAAACCAAAUUAGCUUGGCGCGCGGUUAAGCUUUCUUGUUUCAAAACUUGCACCACAAACUGAUUCAUGUUAACGUAACAUCAUAAACUCACUCAUCCUUUUCUUUCUCCACAAGAUGGAUUAAGCAAAAUCAAUUCAUAAGCUUACAGACUUACUUCAUCACCUGAAUCGAACCAAACCAAACCAUGUACUAUUUCCUAGACCAACACCAAGAAGAAUCUCUUUAAUCCAACUCCAAAAAGCCAUACCUUCCUCUACCCUGUUCAUCAAACCCAUACCUAUAUAAAAACCUCUCAUCUUCUCCAUUUCCCUAUUCACUCCCAUAAAAAUCAAAUUCCCAACAAACCCAAUUCAAAUUCAAUCACAACAACCAUGUCCUUGACCCACCGCUCUCGCUUCAUAGUCAAUGGCGUCCAAAGAAUGCGAACUCACCAUUACUUCUGGUGCCGCCAUUGCCAACGAUCAGUCAGAAUCCCUUCUCCACACCACUCCCAUCUCCUCUGCCCCCGUUGCUCCUCCCAUCUCCGCCGUGACCUCCCCGUUCCGCCGCUCCUCGACCAAUCAACACCAAUCCCUCUAAAUCAAACUGAAAAUGAAGCAAUAGAGGGAAAUCCAGAAGCUUGGAUCGUUUUCGAAUUUCAAAACCCUAGUUCUCCGCCAACGGAGAUUUAUCGGCGAGGGCCUCCUCCGGCGCCGACUUCGGCGAUUCAAGCUCUGCAGAUUGUGAAUAUGACGGAGAUUGAUCUAAUCAGUGAUUCGAAUUGUCCGAUUUGCAGAGAAGGGUUUGAGCUGGGAGAGGAAGCGAAAGUGAUGCCGUGUAAACACUUGUAUCAUGGUGAUUGCAUUGUUCCGUGGCUGCGAUUCCACAAUACUUGUCCUGUUUGCAGAUUUGAGCUGAGAGGUUGCUUUGAAGAUGAUGAUGAUGAAGAUGAGAUUGCUGAGGCGGCUUGGAAUAGGUUGAAUUGGUCGUGGACUCGAUUGUUGUCUCUGUGGCCUUUUCGAUUGGUGGUGAAUUGGAUGUGUCGGGAUCUUGAUUUCCACAGUCACGGAGCAAGCACUUGGUGGAGAUCUUGGCUCAUUCUAUAGCUCAGAUCAUCAUAUGUCAAUUUCACCACUCACAUGUUAGGAACAGGUUGAAUGCUUUUUUUACUUUGAGGCAGGUAAGUAUUUUCUAAAUACUAAUUUCAAGAGGUAGCACUACUACUAAAGGGAAGACAUUGAAGAGCUAACCAGUAAGUCUAAUGUUUUCUUUAAGUUCUGUUUCUCAUCAUCUCUAUUAUUUGUGGUAUUAUAGCUUGUCUCUCACUAACUUUGCACAGAAUUAAUCAUUGAUGUGAGACAAAGAGUUGAGAUAAUGUAAAUAUGUGAGGUCUACAUGCAGCUCCAUCUCUGUCUCAUCUAGGUUUUUGGUUCAGAAAAAUAAUUAUUUUCUUAGAUUAUUUUUGUUUAUUUACUCUCCAAAAUUGCCUACCCCAAAAAAAAAAAAAAAAAAACUCUACAAAAUCGUAUACUUGUUGCGGCUAAAUAAAACGACAAUGGGUUUUUUUUUUUUUUUGGCAGGGGGGUUCAAAUUUUGUUAAUAUUCUUCAAUUACACAAUAUGUCAAAAACACUCGUACACUUAUGCUAUGUAUGGUAUUAUGAUAUAAUAUAUAUUGCAAAUAGAGCCGUUAUUUACCGUUAUAAAUGAAUAACUAUUUGAUAAGGAGACUAAAGAAUAAUUAUUCUAUUUUACUUUACCUUUGUUCUAUCUAACCAAACACUAUCUCAAGGAUGAUUAUAUUUUUUGUGAUAAAAGAUUUAUAUCAUUUUAUGAUUGAUAUUACAAAAUUUUAUUAUAUUAUUGUUACGAAAAGUGUACCAUGUGCACACAUAGUAGCAUAUCCCCAACUUGCAUAUAGUUUUUCUUCAGAGACUUAUUGUACAAGGUGAUCUUCUAACCUUAAUCCUUAGUGCCUUUUCCCCCCCUUUUAAUUGCUUUUAUUUAUUUGUUAGGUCAAUUCCGUUUUCUUAUAUUUCAUUGUUGAAAAUUUACAGUUAAAUAGGAGGGGGCAAGCUGCAACAUCAUGGCUUCUUGGUCCUGCAUGAAAGUUUUGAUGAUAGAACUCAACAAUCUUCCCUCUCAUAAUCCACAAAAUCACACAUUGAGAUUUGAUUUAUGCAUACUCCUGUAACCCACUUGAAUUAAAUGCAACAAAUGUUCAUAACAAAAAAAUUGCCUUUUAUUUUCUGUUUCUUUACCUAUAAAGAAACAAUUUAUUUUCCUCCCAAGUCUUGCGCAAUUGAAGGUUUAAGAAUUGUCUCAUCAAUGCCUUUUUUUUCAAAAAAAAAAAUUCAAUUUCAAGAUUAA